GAGCACCCAUGAUAAGUGAGGACUGUGUCUAUUCAAAAGGGAUACCAUAAGGACUUGCUGUCUUAUAUCUUAUAUUUCGGAAGAGGACAACUAAAAGACCUUACAUCGAAGAUGAUGUCUCCAAAGAUAAAGUCACAGAGUAAAUCAUUUCUUGAGGACGACGUCGACCUUAAUGCAGUGUUGUGUGAGUUCGACGCUGUCAUUGAGGAUUUUUCGUCCCCCGUGGAGAAGAGACACUUCAGAUAUGACGAGCACUUGAAAACAAUGAAGAGACGGAGCAGCGCGAGCGUCAGCGACAGCGGCAUCAGCGACUCAGAGAGUGCAGAAUCCUUGAACAGGAACAGUUUCAGCUUUAGUGACGAGAAACUCAACUCUCCCUCUGUCUUCUCCCCUGCAUCAAACAGUCCCUUAGUCUCUCCUAAACCUAAACUUGGAGACACAAAAGAGCUAGAGGACUUCAUUGCAGACCUUGACAGAACAUUAGCAAGCAUGUGAGUUUGGAGACGAGAAGACUGGGGCCCACCACAUUGUAGCUCUGCCAUGAGAAGACGGCCAAACUGCACCUGCCAAACCUGAACUACUGUGAAGAUGGAGAAGACAUGGUCAUGGUUUAACAUACUAAACGACUAUGGAGUCAUUUACAAACACCUAUUGGACACUUGCUCUCAUAAACGCACAGAAAGAACGUAUACCGAUCAGCUACAACAUUAAAACCACCUGCCUAAUAUUGUAAGAUUAUUUAAAUAGCUUUUUAUAGAUAUAUAUAUUUGUACAUUUAUAGAGUUGGUAAUGUAAGUUUAUCUGUAAUACCAUUUUUGUGAAUAUAUAUUUUGUAUUACAUGUAAAUAUUGUCUCUAAAUAUGUCGCUUUGCUACAAGAAGCCUUUUCUGUAUGAGAUAUUGCAUUAUUAAUUGAGUUUGAACUCAUGAGCAUAACAUGAGUGUAAACUUAAUUCUGAAUUCAUUGGAAAAACUGGAAAAGUGAUAUAUUGUAUUUAAUACAACUAAUGUCCUCAAUUGUUUAAAGAUGAAAAUAGAUUUGAUCACAUGUUUCUUUGUAUUAUUUCAUGAUGUCAUGCAUGAAAACGCAUCAAUUACAGUAUGUCUUGAAGGAAUGUUCACAAAAAUAAUUUCUUGUCUCUCGUCUCGUCUCGUUUAUAAAAAACAAAAAAUCAUAUUAUUGAAAUGAAUGGGGCCAGGUCAUAAACAUUAAAAUAUGCAUUGUUUUAAAAGUAUAGCCACAAAGCGUAAACAUUAUACUAACCUUUGUUAUCAUGAUAAAAUGUAUCACACUAAAAUCAUGUUAACAUACAUGUAUAUAAUGUUUGCGUCUUGUGGCUAUACUUUUGAGUGUGUAUUUAUGGACUGGCCACAUUCACUUCCAUUGUAAGUGCCUUACUGUAACCCUGAUUUUAAAUAAACGUAGAAAGAGUUGAAAUUAUUUUUGUAGUAAUCAAAAUUAUGCCACAAAAGCUGUCACUUAUAUUGAACCUGGAACAUUAUUUUAACCAGACAAGACUCCAUAAAUCAACAAACAAUAAAAGCUAAAAGAUGCAGCUUAGAUUUGCAAAUUUUUGGCAACACAAGCAACUAUGACAGUUGGCUAUGCAACAAAGUUGAGGACAGUACAACACUAUUCAAAUUAGAAGCGAAGCUGUGACUACAAAUGAGAGGAGGAAUGGUGGAGCAAACAUGAUCUACUGUCUGAUACAUUUGGAUAAAGCAGUUAAGUAGAAAUGCCUACUAGCAUUUACAUCGAUUUGCAACCUGCAACAAUUUAACAUGCUGUCAGUGUGAACGGCCCUUUGGAGUUCCUGUCCUAAUCAACUUUGAUGAGCGAUUGGAAAAUAUUACAUUAAAUAUGUACAUUAAACAUCAAAUAUGUAAAAACGUCACGUCUACAUCUAGAGAUGCAAGGGUGUGACUUAUGCAAUUUAAUAUUUUACAUUGAUUCUAUUGGACCCCCUCUAGAUUGUAUAGGCUUGGUCUUAAAGACACGCCCACCUGCUGGCGAUGCCAAUCAGAAGAUGGAGACACAACCCAUGUUUUUUGGGGGUGUGUUAAGAUCCAAGAUUUUGGUUGAGGGUUCAGAGUUUUAUGUGUAAAUUUCAUUUUGCCCUAUUUUAGGCGAUGGGGUGGUCAUCAAUAUAGGGGAUAAAUACAUAAAAUACAUUGUAGUUUUAAAUUUAUGAUUUUUUUUAUCUAUUCUUCAGUGUUUCCUAUUGUCUGUUUUUAAAUUAUUUUUAUAUAUAUAUUUUUAAGCGUGUAUACUUUCAUUUUGUGUUCGACCACUGGAUUUUUUGUACGUUUAUGUUCUGUUUCUUCAGUCCUGUUUUGUGAAUCAAUAAAAUGUUAAUAUAAAAAGACAAAAACAAAUAAAAAACAUCAAAUUUGAUCUGAUUGGCUGUGCUUGCACAGACUGAUCAUACAAUGAAUUCGA